CAGCCAACGGCUCUUAUCUUAAAAAAAAACCAGAAUUGUCUAGAACUUCCACACUCUUCACUCUCACCCUAUAAAUAUCCACAUUUCCCCCAGCGAUUCCUGUGAAAAGAAAUCUCUCGAAGGCUUUUACACGCUCUUGAUUUCUCUUGUAAUUUGACAUCUCUUAAUCCGAUCAGAAAAUGGAAGACGAUUUCGAUAUGCAGCUUCCGGCGGAGGAGCCGGAGGAGAUGGAUUUGGAUCUCGCCGACGAUGCUGAAUCGGCUCCUUACCUGAAAGUCGGUGAGGAGAAGGAGAUCGGGAAACCAGGACUGAAGAAGAAGCUUGUCAAGGAAGGUGAAAAAUGGGACACGCCUGAAAACGGAGACGAAGUUGAAGUUCAUUACACUGGAACUCUGUUGGAUGGGACUAAGUUCGAUUCAAGCCGUGACAGAGGAACUCCCUUCAAAUUUACUCUCGGCCAAGGACAUGUGAUCAAAGGAUGGGACAUAGGGAUCAAGACGAUGAAGAAAGGCGAAAACGCCAUUUUCACCAUCCCUCCCGAGCUGGCGUAUGGUGAAACCGGUUCGCCACCGACCAUUCCUCCGAACGCUACGCUUCAGUUUGAUGUGGAGCUGCUAUCGUGGAGGAGCGUUAGGGAUAUAUGUGGUGAUGGUGGGCUGUUCAAGAGAAUAAUCGUGGAAGGAGAAAAAUGGGAGAAGCCAAAGGACCUUGAUGAAGUGUUGGUCAAGUAUGAAGCUCGGCUUGAGGAUGGCACUGUUGUUGCAAGGUCUGAUGGUGCAGAGUUCACUGUCAAUGAGGAUGGCUUUGGGGAAAUCGGAAGACCAGCUUCUGAUGGUCUUCAAGCUGCGGUUCCACCGAAUGUGAGCCUCGAGAUUGAUCUUGAGUUGGUUUCUUGGAAGACUGUGGUGGAAGUAACUGAUGACAAGAAGGUCAUUAAGAAGGUAUUGAAGGAAGGAGAAGGAUAUGAUCGUCCGAAUGAAGGAGCAGUUGUCAAAUUAAAGUUGAUUGGUAAACUUGAAGAUGGAACUGUGUUUUUGAAGAAAGGUCAUGAAGAAGAUGAUGAGCCAUUCGAGUUCAAGACCGACGAAGAACAAGUAACUGAAGGGCUCGAAAGAGGUGUGAUGGGAAUGAAGAAGGGAGAGGUGGCACUAAUCACCAUUUCACCGGAAUAUGCUUUUGGUUCCUCUGAAACAAAGCAGGAGCUGGCUGUAAUACCGCCGAACUCAACUGUAUAUUACGAGGUCGAGCUGGUGUCCUUCAUCAAGGAGAAAGAGUCUUGGGAUAUGAACACACAGGAAAAGAUAGAAGCUGCUGGCAAGAAGAAGGAGGAGGGGAACGCACUGUUCAAGGCUGGAAAAUACGCAAGAGCUUCAAAGAGAUACGAGAGGGGUGUCAAGUACAUAGAAUAUGAUUCAACUUUCGAUGAAGAGGAGAAAAAGAAAGCAAGAGCUCUGAAGAUUGCCUGUAAUCUGAACAAUGCGGCUUGUAAGCUGAAACUGAAAGAUUACAAGGAGGCAACAAAAUUGUCCUCAAAGGUGUUGGAGAUGGAUAGUAGGAACGUGAAGGCGAUGUAUAGGAGAGCACAAGCUUACAUGGAGACGGCUGAUCUCGAUUUGGCUGAGCUUGAUAUCAAGAAAGCUCUUGAAAUCGAUCCUGACAAUAAGGAGGUGAAGAUUGAAUAUAAGAAACUGAAGGAGAAGGUGAAAGAGUACAACAGGAAAGAUGCUAAGUUCUACAGCAACAUGCUUGCGAAAAUGCUUGAGCCACACAAAGAAGCUCAGAAGGAAGAACAAGCGAUGAGUAUUGACGCCAAGGCAUGAGUUAAAGAAGCACUUAAAACUUAAAAGAGUCGCAUUGAUCCCAGAGAGUAAUAUAAAAUUUCUGUUUACCUUUUUUUUUGUAAACAAACUUGGUGUGUGUAACAGUUGGGAAAAUUCUGUUGGAACAAAACAGAUUUGUAAUAAAACAAGGAUACUCUCCAAGUUCUUAUAACUAUUUCUGCCGUAGCCAUUCAAAACAAUGAAUAAUGAAGGGAACUAGAGGGGGAAAGUAUACAAAUAGCCUGUGACUUUUGCACAUCAAAGCCAAGGUACGACUUUCAAGUGUCGUCGAUGACGUAUUGUAAGGAAUUGUUCUCAAGUAUCAACCUAGAAAUGACUGCUAAGCUUGCAGUGAUCUGAUCUUGGCUUCUUGUUCUUCAGAUGGUAAAGCUUUUGGAAGAAUGAGAAAAAAAACUUUCUAGAAAAACUAGCUGACCUGUUCCCCGAUCAAAUCUAGACCAACCACGACGAAAGUGAGUCCUUGGAACAAGAGGAAGUAGAAGUGUAUCCCUUGAGCUGACAAUAAGCUUCUUACGGAAGCUGCCAACAGAAUCAAUGCUAGCGCGAGUUCUGUUCUGUACAAUCGGUUCCUUUUGGUGUUCCCUGUUUUCUUCGCCGUUCCUAUCUUGCUAAGCUCGCUUAGCCCUGAAUCAGAGGAAGAUCUUUGAAUGUUUGUUGAACCAACCAGAGUUUCUGAUUCUCCGUAUGUAACUAGAUCGGCCUCAGAGGAUCUCCCCAGCUUUUUAGUGACUACCCACUCAUAAGAACUUCCAAACUUGAACAAACCAGAUAUCAUGGCCCCGAAUUUGGUUACAGACAUGGUGUUCUCGAACAGGAGAUACGGGACUAUGAAGGGGAAGGAUCGUGGAGCCGGGAUGAUGUUUAAGAUAGACAUGAUCCCGGGGAUGUAGCAGACAACCCAAGAUGGUAAGUUAGCUUCUGGGAAAAACAUCGUCAAUGGAAGAAUGACGCAGAAGAGUGUAAACGAGUAGAAUGGGAGGAUAAGCUUGCGCAGCAGGAAGAACAGGAAUAUCAUGUUUGCUUUCUUCAAAAAACUCACCUUUGAGCGAAGAAUGUCAAAGAAGCACAACCGAAACAACUGCAUUGGACCUGAAUGCCAGCGGUACUGCUGUUUCUUGUAUGCCUCAUACGACUCCGGAAGUUCGCAAAGACACUAUACAACAUUCAGAUAAAUAAACUUCCAUCCACAAAGAUGAGCACGGACGGCAAUAUCCAUGUCUUCAACUGUUGUUCGCUCCAACCAUCCACCACAAUCUUCCAACGCUUUGAUUCUCCACACACCAGCAGUUCCAUUGAAGCCAAAGAAGUUAAUGAAAACACCAUUCACCUGCUGUUCUACUUCAAAGUGAAAAGACAAGUUUAUGUUCUGCAGCCUUGUGAGUAGGUUUUCGUCUUUGUUCACGAAGGCCCACCGUGUCUGGACUAAAGCAAGAUCAUCAUUUCCCUACAAAAUGAGGAACAGUUUUCUUCAAGAAAUCUGCUGGCGGCUGAAAAUCUGCAUCAAAGAUUGCGACAAAGUCGUAGUCUUUUACAUACUCACAAUUCAUUGCAGCUUUGAGAUUUCCAGCCUUGUAGCCAGUUCGUAUGAGACGGUGUCUAUACAAAAUCCGGACACCCCUCUGUUGCCAUUUCUGUACUUCAGCUUUUAUAAGAAUCUGAACAUCUAACUCACUGGAAUCAUCGAGAACCUGCACAAGCAUUCUAUCCCUUGGCCAGUCAAGGACACAGACAGCUCCAAUAGACUGUUGGUAAACCUCCCUCUCAUUGCACAUAGGAAUCUGCACAAGGACCAUUGGAUAAUCCUCCGCACUCUCUCCUUCAGCGUCCGACUUCUCCGGGUACUCCAUAGAAGCCACUGGCUUUAUCCGACGGAGCUUGAUCCAGAAGCAUCCGAGAACGAGCACCAGACGGUCCAGCGACUGAAUCAAGAAGAGAACUAUGCAAACAUUCGUCAAACUCUGCAGCGGCGGUGCUAAAUAGGCGGCCCUAAUCUCCAGCCACCGUGCGUAGACCACCUCAACCGCCACCUCGGCAGAAGCCACGGAAGGAGGAGUGAAGUGCCAUCCUUUGAAAUAAGCGGCGAGCUCUAAACAGAGGAGGAGUAUCACAAGGACGAGGAAACAUUUGAUAAUACGGUACAAUCUAGCCGAGGAGGAAACGGAGGAAGGAGGAGAGUCGUUGGCAAUGCGGCGAUUAGCAGUGCGGAUAAGGAAAACGAAGGAGUUAGCGAUCCAAGCGAGGGAAGACGCAAAAUGUUGAAACUUGAGGAGGUAGUGCCAGGAGAGCUGCCGGGCGGUUCGAGACCGGAUCCGAUUCUUAUCCGGGUCAACGCCGGGUGUACGGAUUUCGACGGUGAGGAAGGCGGCGUCUUCGUCUACAUCGGAGGAGGGGUCGUGGGUCGUCUGUCGCUGUUUAUUCCACCAUUCUUGAAACUCUUUGUUCUGAGCUCGAGACAUUCAAUGGAAAAGGGGACACCGGAAGGAAUGGUGCAGAUCUAGGGAUCUGAGAAUCUGUGACGGAGGAGGAGGAGGAGGAGGAGAGGAGAUGAUUGGGCUUAAACUUGGUAAAAAAGGAAUGCGUGUUUCAUUAAAAGUGUCUAUUUUUAUUUACUUUUUUGAAUUGUGAAUAUUUUAGUAAUGUUCUGUUUCUGUUAGUAGUGCUGAGGGUGUAGGAGGGUUUCCAUUGGACAGAUCUCUCUCCUAUAUACACCACCUACUGAUGACGCUUGGACCCAUUUGGGCCAUUUAUGUAAUAUCCAAUGGGCUUAUUGAACUGUCAAAUUCGCCCAAAUUACAUUUGUUAAUUUGGACCCAUUAAGGCUCGAU